AUGGGCCAGUGCCUGGCGUUUAGAGGGUUUUUCCUGGACGGCAGCUGCUUAUCCGGAGUGAAACUGAGGCAGCACCUGCACCGCACUGGCUUCUCCACAGCACCGGAGCUACAGGGCAGAGGUGGCAACCAAGCCUUCCAGGAGAACAAGUGGCCGCGCUUCCUGAUCCGGAAGCCCACACGGCGGCUGCAGGAGAGGCGCAUCUCGCAGGAGAGGCCUGGUGUCACUGUGCAUCCUGGUGUCUCUGUGCAGCCUGGUGUCUCUGUGCAGCCUGGUGUCUCUGUGCAGCCUGGUGUGACUGUGCAGCCUGGUGUCUCUGUGCAGCCUGGUGUCACUGUGCAGCCUGGUGUGACUGUUCAGCCUGGUGUCUCUGUAGCCUGGUGUGACUGUGCAGCCUGGUGUCUCUGUGCUGCCUGGUGUCACUGUGCAGCCUGGUGUGACUGUGCAGCCUGGUGGCUCUGUGCAGCCUGGUGUCUCUGUGCAGCCUGGUGUCACUGUGCAUCCUGGUGUCACUGUGCAGCCUGGUGUCUCUGUGUAGCCUGGUGUCUCUGUGCAGCCUGGUGUCACUGUGCAGCCUGGUGUCUCUGUGCAGCCUGGUGUCUCUGUGCAGCCUGGUGUCACUGUGUAGCCUGGUGUCUCUGUGUAGCCUGGUGUGACUGUGCAUCCUGGUGUCUCUGUGCAGCCUGGUAUGUCUGUGCAGCCUGGUGUCACUGUGCAGCCUGGUGUGACUGUUCAGCCUGGUGUCUCUGUGCAGCCUGGUGUCACUGUGCAGCCUGGUGUGACUGUGCAGCCUGGUGUCACUGUGCAGCCUGGUGUAACUGUGCAGCCUGGUGUCUCUGUGUAGCCUGGUGUCACUGUGCAGCCUGGUGUCACUGUGCAGCCUGGUGUGACUGUGUAGCCUGGUGUCACCGUGCAGCCUGGUGUCUCUGUGUAGCCUGGUGUGACUGUGCAGCCUGGUAUGUCUGUGCAGCCUGGUGUCACUGUGUAGCCUGGUGUGACUGUGCAGCCUGGUGUCACUGUGUAGCCUGGUGUCACUGUGUAGCCUGGUGUGACUGUACAGCCUGGUGUGACUGUGCAGCCUGGUGUCACUGUGCGUGUUAUGGAAGCUUCAGUGGCUGUAUCUGCACCUGCAGACAGGUGAUGGGCUCUAUCCAGGGGUGUUUCUGAAGAGGAUGCAGCUGAGGAGGGCCAGGGGCUCAGAAUCCACCUGGCGUCCACCUGCCCCCCAGUGUCCUCGGCUGGCGGAUGAACAGCAUGGUUUUCAGUCACCACCAGUGUCUCUGGGCCACGUGUGGUACCAGGCAUGCACAGCAGCUUUGUUCCUGGGAGAGGCUGGCGGGGAGCUUGAGUCAGAGGAAGAAACGGCUCUCUUGGAAGCAGUUCAGGCAGAGGGUAGGGGAGUGAGGACUCUGUGUCCUGUUGGGCAGCCUGCAGGACCUUAUCGUGCCCUGGAGGUCACCAGGGCAGCAUCCCCUGGAAGCCGCAGGAGGCCAGGGUGGGGCCCGGGGGAGCUGUCCCUGCAUGGGAGGUGGUGACUGUCCCAGGUGUGCUUUUGGCCACAGCCCAUGCUCACUUGGCCUCUGCCCUCCACCUGCCAAUAAAAAUUGAGAAGUUGAUUUGUUUGUAGCCUCUGGGGACCAGGCCCUUUCCUGAGCCUCUCAGAGGGGCUCCUCCGAGCGCGCUGGGCCCUUGUGCUGCUGCUGCUUCACGGAGGCCACGUGGUGCCUGCUCCUGCUCGGGUGGCUACGAAGCUCUCGCCAUCAGGGGCUUUUCAGCGUUGGCUUCAGGUUUUCAGAAACUCGUUUUCUGAACCUGGAGCUCAGCUGGUUGGCCUCGACCUGGCAAAGCAAAGCCGCACCCGCCCGGGUUUGGUUCCUUCCUCCCUGGCUCCAUCUGUGGGUGUGGGCUGCGCCCGGGGCCGAGGGUGUGGGAGCACCUUAAGAUGAGUGCGGAGGGGAGCACAGGGCUUGUCUUCUCCCUGAGGCUUGGCGGGAUUUGUGGAGGAUGCUGGGCGUGCGGUGUGAACUCUGAAUCAGAUCAAGUGGCCUUGUCCACUGUAGAGAUAGGGUGACGGCACCGAGCACUGUGGUCAGCAGGCACACUCCCAGCCCUGUGCACCUGGUGUGGGCUGGGGCCUGCCUCAGGCCUACACCUGCCAGGGGACAGCGACCAUGCACAUGGUACUGUGGGUCUCCCUGUGCAGCGGCCACCGCACCCCUCAUUUUGCUUCCCAAGGGGGUGGCGGCAGGUACCGGGAGUGGCCGUCCUCCACGGUUGGCAGCAGCUGUGGGCUCAAGUUAUCUUCUGACAGUGGGGGGGGGAUUGCCCCCACCUCCACCCUCCCGAAGCUGAGGGAAGGAGUCUAGAAUGUGUGGCUUCUGUCCCUGGGAUUGCACGUCUUUGGCCGUGGAUGCUGGAACGCCUUGAAGUUGUCUCCGAUGGGCUGGUCCUGCCGAGAAGCCCCCAGGCGGUGCACCUCUCCCAGCAUGGGGGCCGCCCUGCCGCUGGUGUCGCAGGCGCCUGUGCUCCCAGCAGGCUGUCCGUGUGUGUGAAGGAGUCCUGGCGCCUGCCCACUGCCGAGGACACGGGUUGUAUGGUGGGGAGAGGAAGAACUUGGAGGCUGACAGGCGCCUUCAAGCACGGGCUGUGGCGCUUCUGGCCCCGUGGCUUCCGGAGAGCAGAGCUGUCUCCACGUGUGUGAGGUCGGUUUGCCCCUGCGAUCCAGCGAGAUCCAUGAAGACCACUGCUCAGCAAGGCGGCCGCGUCCAGCAGGGGAUGCUGCGUGCUGGUUUUCCACACCCUUCCCUCCGUACAAACCUCAGGGGUCCCCGUGUCCCGGGGCCCUGAGCUGCUCUUCGGGACCUGGAGAAGCCCUGGGCUUGUUGGCCUGGCCAGGCCACGCCUGGCUCUUCUUGGGGAUGUGUUUCUGAGAGAUGCGCAUGUUUCUAAGUCAGAGGAGGAGAAACAGAGGGGCUGGUAUUUAGUUAUUUAUUAUUGAAAGGACCAACAUGGAGUGACUGAAAGGAGGGGAGAGAGAGACUGAGCUCUCCAUCCACGGUUUACUUCCCAAUGCCCUCAGCAGCCAGAGCCAGGCCAGGCAGAGAACUCAGUCCAGGUGCCCCUUGGGGUGGCAGGGACAAGAAACGCCCAGGAAACGCCCUCCCUGCGUCUCCUGGACUUCCCAUUUUCUUGCUUCCUUCUCGCACCUGUGCCGGGGUCAGCAGGGCUCUGAGGCCCCGGGUCCGGCCUCCUCCUUCCUCUCUGUGACGUCUUCCUGGCGGCUCUGUUGCUUCCCGUGGCAGCACCCUUCCUCCUGUGGCUCUUGCCCUGGUGGGCGUGGCUUAGAUCUCAAGGGCUCACCAAGUUUUGCUGACCACUCACUGUCCAUGGACUUACGGGAACAGAUGCAGAGACAUUUCGUCUUUUCCAAACGUCUGUCCUCUUCCUGUCACGGUGCUGGCUCGUGU